AUGGAAUCAAAGGUGUUGUCCACCGGAAUCCGGUACUUGACCUUGCCACAAAGUUACAUCAGGCCAGAGCCGGAGAGGCCGAGACUCUCCCAAGUGAGUGAGUGUAAACAUGUCCCCAUAAUCGACCUCGGCAAGGACGUAAACAGGGCCCAACUCAUCCAACACAUCGCCGAUGCUUGCAGGCUCUAUGGUUUUUUCCAGGUGAUCAAUCAUGGGGUAGCUGCAGAAAUGAUGGAGAAAAUGUUGGAGGUGGCCGAUGAGUUCUACAGACUGCCGGUGGAGGAGAAGAUGAAGCUGUAUUCCGAUGAUCCCACCAAGACAAUGAGGUUGUCAACCAGCUUUAAUGUGAAUAAGGAGAAGGUCCAUAACUGGAGAGAUUAUCUCAGACUCCAUUGUUAUCCUCUGGAUCAGUACACGCCUGAGUGGCCUUCCAAUCCUCCUUCCUUCAAGGAAAUUGUGAGUAGUUAUUGCAAAGAGGUAAGAGAACUUGGGUUCAGACUACAAGAAAUGAUAUCAGAGAGUUUAGGCUUGGAAAAGGAUCAUAUAAAGAAUGUUUUUGGUGAACAAGGGCAACACAUGGCUGUAAACUAUUAUCCGCCAUGUCCACAACCCGAGCUCACUUAUGGAUUGCCAGGACACACAGACCCCAACGCCCUUACCAUUCUUCUUCAAGACCUACGAGUGGCAGGUCUUCAAGUUCUCAAGGAUGGUACUUGGCUCGCUAUCAAGCCACAUCCCGGUGCUUUUGUCGUCAAUAUAGGCGAUCAAUUACAGGCUGUGAGUAAUGGGAAAUACAAAAGUGUAUGGCAUAGGGCCGUUGUGAAUGCAGAGAGUGAAAGGCUAUCAGUGGCUUCUUUCCUCUGCCCAUGCAAUGAUGCAGUAAUUGGCCCUGCAAAGCCUCUCACAGAAGAUGGAUCUGCACCCAUUUACAAGAAUUUCACAUAUGCUGAGUAUUACAAGAAGUUCUGGGGCAGGGACUUGGAUCAAGAACAUUGCUUGGAACUAUUCAAGAACUAG